AUGUUACAAAGACACUUUUCCGGAAGAUUGAUCCCCCAAAUUAGAUGGUUUUCUCAAAGCCGGAUAUUGGAAGAAAAGAAACAAUUUGUGAGACCACCUGGGAAACCCAUGCUCAACCUCGCGACCAUAGGAUCUUCUCAGCACGGAAAGACUAGUCUGUCGAGUCUGUUAACCCGUGCUAGUCAUGAUUUGUUUCCUGAAAUAGAAGCUAAAGCCAUCGAGGACAUUGACAACACUUUACCAGAGCGAGAAAACUCGCAUUCCGUCAAUGCAACUCACCUCGAACUACAGACACACAAUCACCUGAUAAACUUAUCGGAUCUGCCCGGACAUCGGAACUAUAUCAAGAACUUUUUAGCACACCUGGCUGACAUUGAUGUAGCCCUGAUGGUAGUUAAUACGAACGAAGGCGUCCUUCCUGGCCUUCGACAUCAAUAUGAUUUCAUCAAACACUGCAGGGUCCAGAAAGUCUUGCCCAUUCUUAACUUUAGCGAUGAGGCAGAUUUGAUUGAAGCCAAAGAUCUAAUGACCCUGGAUUUGGAAGAGUUCAUGGAUGAGACUGAACUGAGCGACCUGAUAUCCAUGAAUCUCUCGAAACCAAACGAAGAUGCUCAAUUGCUCCUGAAAAAGCUCGAUUCGUUGAAGGCACCUAUCCGCUCGGAGGACAAGCCCUUGUUUUGGCCCCUUCAAAACGUUGGCAGCAUUCCGAAUCGUGGCACUUUCAUUGCUGGUCAUAUCAGAGAUGGCACUGUGUCGGUGGGCAAUACCAUUGAUGUGUUUUAUGAAGGUCAAACUACCAAAUCCGUGGUACGAGACUGUGAGAUAUUCCGGAGGAAAGCCUCUAAAUUGCAGAGUGGUGAUCGAGGUGGGGCUUUCGUGAAGCUAAAAAUAGAAAACCUUAACGUUCGAAGAGGUGCUGUGGCCUUUGAAAGCGCUAAAAGUGACUACCGGUUGACCCAGGAUAUAAUUGUCGAGCUAAUGGACGAAGUACCGCCACUAGGAAAGAAUUCAGAGACCUUGGUUCACUAUCUCACCAAUGUGUAUCCCAAAGUUACAGUUAGUGAUCUGACGGAAACGAAAGCCAAGCUACGCUUUUCUCAGCCUAUUCUUACCCAGCCCAAUGAACCAAUGUUUCUCCGUCAGGGCAGCAAUAUUCAAAGAGCGUUGGUCAAAAGUGUGACUAUUUAUCGAAAGUAAAAUAAUAAAUAGAACAGAUUAUCAGCAUACAGGAA